UUUCCGACCACUGGUGCCUUCCGAGCCGCACCCCGCUCACAUUUGUAUUCCGCAGCUAUCCAUUCCUCAGCCGGAGGAUUUCAAAGAUGAAGAUUAUGACUGCAAAAGCGAUGGGCGUCGUGCCUAUCCUUCCUAUCGUGCUACUUGCACUCAGCGGAACCCCGGCCUCUGCCGGCUCGGCGUUCAGGGGCUUGAACGUUCGCAACGAGGCAAACCUCUCUGAAACGGAUAACAUCAAUCGGCGCAGCCUCCAGACCGACGAUUCGGUGUGCACUACCAGCACUGGCGAUAUUUCCGGCAUCCAGAACAAGGACGUGUGCUGCCCGGUUUCCUGCGGUAUGUGCGGGGAUGAAGGAUGCUCGACUGCACCAGGUGGGGCAGCUUCAUGUUGCACAACGAACGUCCUCGAUGCUGGCAUCGAGUGCGGCGAAGCUCCUUGUGUGAUCGAUGCCUCGUCCUCUACAACGCCGGCCCCUGCCACGCCGGCCCCUACGUCUGAAGUUCCGAUGUGCGACGGCGGAAUCGUUGGCAUCCAAGCGAAGGAAGUGUGCUGCUCCGCAAGCUGCGGCUCUUGCGGAGGUGUCGGGUGCUCUGGCAGGGACGGUGGCUCAGACGCCUGCUGUGGUGGUGGAGUCACGGCCUCGGGUCGCCUCUGUUCUGUAACGGGAGAAGCGCCUUGCAUUACCGGCCCGGCCCCUACACCUGCCCCUUCGCCGCCUCCUACUGUUGAAGGCCCGGCCCCUACUCUGGAACCUACGCCUGCUCCUUCGACGCCUCCCGCUGGUGAAGUUCCGAUGUGCGACGGCGGAAUCGUUGGCAUCCAAGCGAAGGAAGUGUGCUGCUCCGCAAGCUGCGGCUCUUGCGGAGGUGUCGGGUGCUCUGGCAGGGACGGUGGCUCAGACGCCUGCUGUGGUGGUGGAGUCACGGCCUCGGGUCGCCUCUGCGCUGUAACGGGAGAAGCGCCUUGCAUUACCGGCCCGGCCCCUACUCCGGAACCUACGCCGGCCCCUACGCCGCCUCCUACUGUUGAAGUUCCGAUGUGCGACGGCGGAAUCGUUGGCAUCCAAGCGAAGGAAGUGUGCUGCUCCGCAAGCUGCGGCUCUUGCGGAGGUGUCGGGUGCUCUGGCAGGGACGGUGGCUCAGACGCCUGCUGUGGUGGUGGAGUCACGGCCUCGGGUCGCCUCUGCGCUGUAACGGGAGAAGCGCCUUGCAUUACCGGCCCGGCCCCUACUCCGGAACCUACGCCGGCCCCUACGCCGCCUCCUACUGUUGAAGCUCCCAUGUGCGACGGCGGAAUCAUCGGCAUCCAAACGAGCGAUGUAUGCUGCUCCGCAAGCUGCGGGUCUUGCGGAGGUUCGGGGUGCUCUGGCAGGGACGGUGGCCCAGACGCCUGCUGUGGUGGCGGAGUCAGGGCCUCCGGUCGCUUCUGUUCUGUGACGGGAGAAGCGCCUUGCAUUACCGGCCCGGCCCCUACUCCGGAACCUACGCCGGCCCCUACGCCGCCCCCUACUAUUGAAGUUCCGGAGUGCGACGGCGGCAUUGUCGGCAUCCAGGCGAGCGAUGUAUGCUGCUCCUUGAGCUGUGGGUCCUGCGGAGGUUCCGGGUGCUCUGGCAGGGACGGUGGCUCAGACGCCUGCUGUGGCGGUGGAGUGCGGGCAUCCGGUCGCUUUUGCUCUGUUACGGGAGAGGCCCCUUGCCUUGUGACCGUUCCUUAAGAGUACAUCUUCAUUUAUCGUGACUUCGCUUUGAUGCGCGACUUGCCCUCACUUCUUGAACUGUCGGCAUUGGCAUACGAGCAUAGCUUUCAGGGUUGGGGUAGCACGUCGAGGCACCCCAACUAUUUAAACCAUCCUUCGGUUGGGCAAUACUCUCAACCUUCCCCCUGCGUUUAACUCUCGGGUAGCGAACAGUCGGCAAAGUUGCGCACUCAUUUCCGAGCUUGUGGGUUGAUCACAUACGGGAUACCGGGCAGGUUCCUGAUGUUGGUGCAAAGUUUGGUGUAUUUUUUUUUGUAAGGCUGCGCACCACAUGCAGCAGCAUGUUUCGGACCGCAGUUGUGCAGACGCAUGUUCUGCGUUUGAUGUACGGGUCGGAAAGGAGGCUGGAUUUGCUAUCAGAGUCAAUCUGGUAGUCGCUGUGGUGAGUUUCGAAGGUACUCCAAUUUGCCCCAAGCUUUGGGAGUCCUUGAAACCUAAGGUUAGCAGUUUCGGUACGUGGUCCAUAAAGUUUCGUUUUGCUGUCUGUCGACACAAAACCCUUACCCAAAGAUGUUACAGAAACAAAUGAUGAGUUGUCAACGUUGUGCUGUGUACGUCGCUGUACAGCGAAGACGGUGGCAGUCGGAGCUAUCUCGAAGGCUUUUCCUUUUAUGCUCGGUCAAAACAUUAGACGCCAAAUAGUUGAACCGUGGUUCCGUCGAUAUUUUUGUGCUUGAAUGGUGCAGCAUCCGGCCUCCAUCCGUCCACAUUUUUGGUUUCGUUCUAACCUGCAAAAUUAACGUAUCAACACCUUUUGCCGCAUGGAGAAUGGUUUGGCAUCAGAGCCGGCCGGCACAAAUCUCAGGGAGGUCACAUGAAGGGCUAUGAACGGGGCGUUUUUUAUGACAGAGCCAUGUGAACGAAAUAGCUGGGUCGUUUGUGAUAUCGUGCGGAAUAGCUGUCGACGAUUUAUUGUUUGGUAUGAAAUGAAGCUUUUUGCCACGGCAUGGGACCAACCCAUACCAUUUAUUUUCGUGUUCGUUAUCCCCCGUCGUUGGCGAAGCUGUUCCCCACACACAACUCCAUCGAAGACUCCGCUACCGUUAGGCCUUUCACCCGCCGGCGACGUUGUUUUUUCGGCGAUUUACUUUUUUUUUCCGGCGACUGAUGGAGGAAAACAUUGUUUUCGGCAUUCGGCGAUUAGCAUGGGUCGCUGAGUCCUGUUUCAUUUUCGG